AUUUCGGCGUCGGUGUCGGCGUAGCUGCCAAUGUCCCCGUGGGGAAGAACUUAAAGAGACCUGGCACUUUACUAUUGUAUCGUGGUUUCAAAAUUCACCCACACAUUCUUCAAAAAAUGGCUGCUUCAAUCUUUCGAAUGCCUUCUAUGGCAGCUGCGCGUCAUGCUCGCUGCUUCAGCUCUUCACCUCGACAAUAUGCCGCCGCAGAGGUCAAGAAGCUUGGUGUUAUUGGUGCGGGUCAAAUGGGAUUAGGGAUUGCUCUUGUUGCAGCUCAAAAGGCUCAGGUUCCCGUUACCUUGAUUGAUACUUCAGACAAGGCUCUGGACAAGGGCAUCGCCUUUGCUGAGAAACUCCUAGCAAAGGAUGUCUCCAAGUCAAGGAUCACACAGGAGCAGGCCGACAGCGCUCGUUCUCUUCUCAGUACGAGCACCAAAAUGGAAGAUCUCUCCUCUGCAGACAUGGUCAUCGAGGCUGUUCCUGAGCUGCCCAAUCUCAAGUUUGACAUAUUUGGCAAGCUGGCUCAGAUCUGCCCCAAGCAUGCUAUUCUCGCUACAAACACUUCUUCUAUCUCCAUCACACGCAUCGCCGCUGCCACGACCAAGGAUCCCACUGAUACCUCAGCUUCCUCUCGUGUUGUGUCGACACACUUCAUGAACCCCGUCCCUGUACAGAAGGGCGUUGAGAUCAUCAGCGGUCUACAGACCAGCCAGGACACUCUCGACACUGCCAUUGAGUUCUGCAAGCGCAUGGGAAAGAUCACUUCGGUGUCCGCCGACUCUCCCGGAUUCCUUGCCAAUCGUAUCCUCAUGCCUUACAUCAACGAGGCGAUUAUCUGUCUUGAGACUGGCGUUGGAGACCGUGAUUCCAUUGAUGCCAUCAUGAAGAACGGCACAAACGUGCCCAUGGGUCCUCUUCAGCUUGCUGAUUUCAUUGGUCUCGAUACAUGUCUUUCUAUCAUGAAGGUUCUGUAUGAGGAGACCGCCGACUCCAAAUACAGGCCGAGUGUGUUGCUGAAGAACAUGGUCAACGCUGGGUGGUAUGGUAAGAAGAGCGGCAAGGGCUUUUACGACUACUGAGUCACUGCCUUACCAGAUCUUCGGUGACAGCAAUGCCUGAUCAAUCUUCACGAUGCUCUUCGCGAGACUAUCUAAAUAAAAAUAAAAACAGUAAUAAUGUUCAAGUUACCCAUCCUGAGAGUUGCUAUGGGCCAAUUCAUACAUCACAUACUACCUAGGUAUGCAACAUCUUGCCAACAGCGUUAACCUAGAUAGGCCCCAGGAAGCAAGAAGACCUCUUGACAUUAACUCAAUGUACCAAAAAUCACUAGUCUAAAGUCUAGUAAAUCUAUACUAAAUUUAUCUAAAUUUACCUAAGUCUUUUCAUCGCUUAGGAUAGAAGUCU